CCGUUAAAAAAAUAGUGCAAAACGCUCUGAAGCUGAGAGAUAAGCUUGGAUUUACAGUCGCAAUACAUCACAUUCGUUGAUGGAGAUUUCGUCAGUUCUUAAUUUCAUGGAUUGAGAAGGACAGCUCCUUUUACAGUUUUCUCAGCAUGAUCAGAAAUGCCAACAUUUCGCGCCACGUUCAAAAGUUUUCCUUUUUCCAGAAGAAUUUCGCCGAUUCAAGAACGCCUUCAUCUUCAUCAACAAAUCACCACAACGCCUAUCAAUUCCAACAACCGAAGAUCCCCAAAUGAAACGACUUCGUCUCGCGAUGUGUACUCACGCACAAAGAUGAUCUCUUCUUACGUGAACGACUUCAGAUUGGAUGAUGCACUGCAGCUGUUCGAUGAAACGCCGCUUAGAGACACAGUCAUGUGGAAUUCGAUUAUCAAGGGCUGCGUCAGUUGCGGGAGCCUUGAGAUGGGCUUCAAUCUGUUCAACGAAAUGCCUGAGAAGAAUGUCGUCUCUUGGACCACGAUGAUCAGUGCGUUUCUCAAGCACGGGAUGGUUGAAGAGGCGAAGGGUCUGUUCCAGGAGAUGCCAGCGAGGGACACGGCCGCGUGGAAUGCAGUGGUCCACGGCUUGUUUGCAAACAGGAGAGUGGAGGAGGCGACUAGGCUGUUUGAGGCGAUGCCGGAUAAGAAUGUUAUUUCGUGGACAACGAUGAUCAGUGGGCUCGAUCAGAUAGGGAAGAACGAUGAGGCUCUUUCGAUGUUUGUGAAGAUGGUUGGGAUUGGAGUGAAGCCUACUUCAAGCACUCUGUGCUCCGUUCUAUCAAGCUGUGGCAAACUUGGUGAGUUCUGUUUAGGGAGCCAAAUUCAUGGCCAAGUUGCAAAGCUCGGCUAUGUCUUGGACACAUACGUUAUAGCCUCGUUGAUCACUUUUUACGCGAAUUGCAAGAGGGUUGAGGAAUGUCUGAGGAUUUUCAGUGAGAAGUUGUUCAAAAAUGUGGUGGUGUGGACCUCUCUUUUGACAGGGUACGGCGCUAAUGAUGAACACGAAGAUGCAUUGAGAGUUUUCUGCGACAUGAUGAGAUUAGGUGUUGUUCCUAAUCAAUCAUCGUUCACUAGUGCCUUGAACUCGAGCUGUGAGAUUGAAGCUCAUGAUUUUGGGAAAGGGAUUCAUGCUGCAGCGGUCAAGCUAGGGCUCGACACCGACGUCUUUGUAGGCAAUUCCCUCGUCGUGUUGUAUGCAAAAUGUGGGAGCAUACAUGAUGGGAUUCGCUCGUUUAAGGGGGUUGCAAACAAGAAUGUGGUUUCCUGGAAUGCGGUAAUAGUUGGAUGUGCACAACAUGGGUGUGGCGAGUGGGCAGUGGCAUUUUUCGGGCAGAUGGUGAAGGCCGGUGUGAAGCCGGAUGAGAUCACCUUCACCGGCUUGCUUAGCUCGUGCAGCCAUUCAGGGUUGCUGCACAAGGGGAGGCAGUUGUUCGAGUGCCUAAGGCGAAACACAAUGGUCGAGGUGAAGCUAGAGCACUACGCGUGCAUGGUCGACAUAUUGUGCAAAAGUGGGGAGCUGGCAGAAGCAGAGGAUCUGGUGAACAAGAUGCCUAUCAAGGCAAAUGCAUCGAUAUGGCUUGCUUUGUUGAGUGGAUGCAGAGCGGAGGCGGAAACGGAGGUUGCCGAGCGCGUGGCUGGGCGCAUCUUCGACUUGGAUCCGCACUGCACCGCCGGCUACGUGUUGCUGUCGAACAUCUAUGCGGUUGUCGGUAGAUGGGACGAUGUGGCGAGGGUGAGGAGGAGCAUGAAAGCAGCUGGCACUUUGAAACAACCCGGUCGGAGUUGGGUGAUGCAUAAGGGCCGAUCCCACUCAUCGGAUCAACAAUUUGAGAACGUUGCACUUUAGACUUGUGGUGGUUAGUGGUUACUACGAUGCACACGGACCACAACAUAUUUAUAAUUUUAAAAAUUUUAAAUUUUGUAAAAAUGUCAAAAUAUCAUUAUUUAUCAGUUAUUAGAUUAUUUAGUAACAAAAAAUAAUUUCAAUUAAUUUAAAUGUUAUUUGAUUUCAA